AACGUAUGCCGGAUAAAGGGUGAGAUUGACGCUAUAGUCUAGCACUAUCAGCUCUACGCGAGGCGCGAGACACGCAUCCAGAGUGGUCCAGGUGCAUCACCUGGCAGGUCAGCCGGCUUGGUCGGCACAGUCCAAGCUGGUUCGUUUACUGUUCAUGACUAACUGCUUUGGACUGGUGGGCCCCGACGCUUUCUGUAGACUACGAGUCGGCGUGGUGCGCAAACGGGAGACACAGCGUGCAUACGACUUGCUGCAACUGCUUCCCGGUUUAGCUGCGGUGAGGUCUUUUCCCCGAGGUCAACCCGAGACCGUCCCCGAAAAGCGUGGGAUGGACCCAGGUUGGCCGAUGAUCCAAGUUAUGGAUCUGAUCUCGGGCGAGUUCCGAGGAUCAACCUUUCCCUCCCGCAGUAAGGGAUAUGGGCAUGAGAGCUGUCUGUACGGUGUAGGAGGAGAUAUCAGUGUUAAAGAAAUGCAGGUGAUGGGCAAGUUUCCCCGAGGUUUCUCAGACCCCAAAUCAACCGAUCCAGAAUGGAUCGACCGCAGAGUUUGCGGCCCACUUGAACCACAAUGUGAUGCCUGGAUGGCGGAGGCAGGACAAGUGGACAACAACCGUCCACAAGCCUAG